AUGCAAACUAUUAGAAAAGCAAAAGGAAGUAGCUUCUAUUCAAAUACCAAUUCAGGUGCCAACCAACAGGUUAUUCAAGCUUCUGAAAUUAAAGCACAGGUAGAAAGCUUUAGUGUAAAUAUGAGCAACAAGAAGAGGCCACAUGUAGUAAUCCCAACUCUAGUUCCUGAACUAGAACCUGAAAAGGAAGUUCCAAUACUUAGUGUCAACUACAUCACUGAAGAAGAAGCAAAAAACUGGGACAGUCCAAAUGCUCAAAAACCAAUAGAGCAUGGUUGUAAGACCCUUUUCCAUGAUCUUGAACUAAAUGAUCCAGAGGCAAUUUGUCUACUGACAUUAAAAGAGUUAGAGUCUGAAGGCAGUUCUAAACCUAAAACACAAUCAUUUAGAAAAAGUAAUAAAUCUAAGAAUUUGAUUAAUAAAGAAUUUGAGCGUUUAGAAGAAAUUAAGGGGCAUGAAAAGUUCAAGAAGGAUUUAGAAUUUAAGGAACAAGAAGAAUUGUAA